AUGAACUUGAAGAAGGAUGAAUUUCGUAGUCCGAGGAAAGGUGGAAGGACUCUGAAGGAGUACAGGGAUGAUUUCUGUUCCUUGGCAAGGUGUGCCCCAGAGGACAUUGGCACUGAUGCCAAGAGGAAACAGAAGUUCCUCAAUGGACUUAAAGGUGAACUAAAGAUACCUUUGUCUGUGUCUUAUGCACCCAACUACCAAUUCCUGCUUGAUCAAGCCGUCACUCUGGACAAUGACAUCAAGAAGGAAGAGAAUCGCCAGACAAAGUUCAAUAAGAAGCACAUUGAACCCUUCCACAAGAAACACCACUCAUCUGAAGGAACUGGAAGUCACAUCUCACACAAGCAUAAUGGUCAUUUUAGUAAGGGAAAUGGCAACAAUUACAAUGGUGAUAGGCACAAUGGAGGAUUCAAGGGAAACCAUUCCAAUGGUAAUCACAAUGGAAACAAUGGUCGUCACAAUGGGAGUAAUGGACACCACAAUGGAAACAACGGCCAGCACCGUCACAAUUCAGGGGACUUGUCCCAUAUCACCAGCUUCAAGUGUAAGAAGACUGGACACUAUGCCACUAAUUCUCCAGAGAAGAAGCCCGAUGAUGUUACCAAACCCAACCCCUUCCAGAAGGGACAGGCGAACCACCUCAUUGUGGAGGAACUGAUGAAUGAACCUGACGUUGUGAUGGGUAUGUUUCCACUCAACUAG